ACGACAGCUCGGAGGACGUGAGGGUGUACAUGAAGCCGGGCAGUUACAACGUGCCCAAGAAGAGGCAUCAGAGAAGGUCGAACAGACGUUUGGAGAAUUCGACGAAUUCGAGGAACGUGGCGAACGGGUCGAGUCACAACGCGAGGAGCCAUUACGGAGCGGGCAAGGAGAAGUUCUGCGUCCCCGCGUCCUCCACUCCCGUCUCGAGGCCAGCGAGCAUCCCCGCUUCGACGGCCGGCGUGAACAACAACGGGUCGGGCACGAUGAAAUUACCGUUCCCCGCGACCCCUAUUGUACCACCGCCUACAUUCUCCCUCGAGAAUUCGCCGAGGAUCUUGAAACGAUCCGACGUUUCCAAUUACACCGUGUCCGAGGACGUGACAUGGAAGGCCGCCUGCGCCUCGGCCGAGAUCCUGUUGGAGGCUUUGAACGUGAAGGAGGACGCGGAUUUCAAGAAGCCGGAAAUGGAGAGGUCGGUGGACGUGAUCGGUGGUGAAAAGUACGGGUGCGACGAUAGUGGUGCGAUAGUGGUUAAGAAGGACGAUGACGCGAUGAUGGAGGAGGGGAUGGCAGUGGGGCAAACAGGCGCGGUGCAAGGAGAGGAGAAGUUGGAGGAGAGCAUCUCGAAAAAUUUGAAGGAGAACAACGACGGUGUAUCGAGUUACGAGGCGUCCGAGGAUGACUCAGGCUCCACGAAUCAUUUCUCACCCAACACAAGUAUCAACGAAGUUUCACAGUUAUCUGGUAAUAAAAAUGGUUCUAGUAAAAUGAAUGUAAAAACGGACUCGUGGUUAAUCAAAACUUUGAACAACGCUAACAUGGCAAAUAAGCAGAAACGGCGGAAAAACAACGCUGUCCAGCAACAUAGCUCCGAAUCGUCGAACAGUUCGGUGACAGAGAACGAGCAAACGAAUCCUAUCGUCUCGUUGGUGUCCAACAGUACGAUAACGACGGUGGCGACAACGACGACGACCGUGAAAAAUCUCCAACAGACGAUAUGCUCGAGGAAAAGUUCGUGCGUCUCGUUGAACAACGACCAGACAACGUCCGAGGAGACGGAACGUGUCGUGGGGAAAGCCACUUAUUCCGAAACUGUGCGCCGCUGCGCCUCCUUGAGCGCAUCCUUCUCGGAGAAGAAAGAAUUUUCCAAGAAAAGCAAAUUAAACAUUGCCAAUGUGUCAACGAUUUGCAGCACUGUGAUACCGAUACCCGGCCGUAAAUGUCAGAGAAAAGAUUUCGAGAAAUCUUACUAUUUGUUGCACAGCAGAUCCCGCAAGUGUUCUGGGAAAAAGGCAACGAAAAAUUGCGAGAUCGAUGGUGAUUCUCAAUCGAUGGAGGGAACGUUGAAAUCGACCGUCGCGGUGAAGCACGGGAAAAAAAGGGAGAACGCUGGAUGCAUCGAAUUCUUGGACGGGAAAUAUGGUGGGAAGACUAGCGACAGAGGUUGGUCCGUAUGGUACAGUUCGAAGAGGAAACAGAGUCUUAGCCCGCUUGCGCUUAGCAAAUUGGAAAUGAUACAUCAAACGGUUUGGCAAAUGGAUGAAGCAGAAGUUUUCAAGUGUCCAUCUUCGGGGGGCAAUAAUCAAUCUUCUACAUACACGAUCGAGGACUAUUGUAAAGUCAUUAAAAGUCCAAUGUUCCUAGAAACGGUUGAAUACAAAUUAAAGAAUCGAGUUUACCAUAAAGUGGAACACGUCGUUAGAGACUUUCGUCGUAUUGUUUAUAAUUCAAAAUUAUAUCAUAAGGAUGAUCAUGAUCGAGUAAAAGUAAUCGAAACACUAUCGAAGAAACUCGAAGAACUUUUCGAGGAACAUUUCGCGAGUUGGGACUUCGAUAAUAUUAGCGGUAGUCCAAGGGAAAGUUCACCAGUGCUGCAUCGAUUUAAAACGGCUGGACAAAAACCGGUAACUGGACGUUACGGCAAUACGAAGAAAUGUCAGUCUUCUUCGAUUACCGAAAAUAUAUAAUAUCU